AUGACGACCGGGAAGCAACAAUCGUGGUUCUUCUCUCUGCGAGGCUCACUUCUCUUCCUCGCAAUCCUCACUCUUCUCUCCUUCACAUACCUCUCUCUCAAAUACUCCACCCCUCCACCCCAGGUUUCCAAGCUCUCCCUCUCGAAGCUCGUCGACGCGCCGGUAACAGGGAAAGAAGAGGAGCGAGGAGGAGGAGGAGAAGAAGAAGAAGGAGAGUAUUCGGACACGUACCACUCGCCGCGCGUGUUCAAGCUCAACUACGAGGAGAUGGAGAAGAAGUUCAAGGUGUACAUAUAUCCCGAUGGGGAUCCCAACACGUUCUACCAGACGCCGAGGAAGCUCACCGGGAAGUACGCCAGUGAGGGCUAUUUCUUCCAGAACAUCAGAGAGAGUCGCUUCCGCACCGAAAACCCCGAUCAGGCGCACCUCUUCUUCAUCCCCAUCUCCUGUCACAAGAUGCGUGGCAAGGGAACUUCUUAUGAGAAUAUGACGAUAAUCGUACAAAAUUAUGUGGAGAGCUUGAUAUUCAAAUAUCCUUAUUGGAACAGAACCUUGGGGGCUGAUCAUUUCUUUGUCACUUGUCAUGAUGUUGGUGUGAGGGCAACGGAAGGACUUGAAUUUCUUGUGAAGAAUUCCAUUCGAGCAGUAUGCUCCCCCAGCUAUGAUGUUGGAUUUAUUCCGCACAAAGACGUUGCUCUCCCUCAAGUGCUACAGCCUUUUGCACUCCCUGCUGGAGGGAAUGAUGUAGAAAACAGGACUACACUUGGAUUUUGGGCUGGUCAUCGUAACUCUAAAAUUAGAGUUAUUCUUGCGCGUGUGUGGGAAAAUGACACAGAGCUUGAUAUUUCAAACAACAGAAUUAGUCGGGCUACUGGGCAUCUAGUGUACCAGAAGAGAUUUUACAGGAGUAAGUUUUGUAUAUGUCCUGGUGGAUCCCAGGUCAAUAGUGCUCGAAUAGCAGACUCUAUCCAUUAUGGGUGCAUCCCUGUGAUAUUGUCAAAUUACUAUGACCUUCCUUUUAACGAUAUUCUUGACUGGAAUAAAUUUGCUGUUAUACUCAAAGAGAAAGAUGUAUACCAGCUUAAACAAAUCCUCAAAAACAUAUCAGAUGCCGAGUUUGUUGCACUUCAUAAUAAUUUGGUAAAGGUUCAGAAACAUUUCCAAUGGAAUUCGCCCCCAAUCAGAUUCGAUGCUUUCCAUUUGGUUAUGUAUGACCUCUGGUUACGCCAUCACACGAUCAAAUACUGA